AUAAAAGACCCCCCCAAAUUGGAAAUUACUCUCCCGCUUUCAGAGCAGACGGAACUCAGAAACUCAGUUCGGGAAUUCACAGCCUCCGUCUGCUUCGAUCUCUCACUCUCUCUUCUCGGAGAUUGUCCGUGGUUUCCGACAAGCUCAGCUGAAUCUUCGCGACAUCUAGAAAGGUUGAAUAGGAAGCACUGUAUUUUCUGAUUAGAGAAUAUGCUUCCUCUUUCUUUGCUCAAGACUGCCCAAGGGCAUCCCAUGCUUGUGGAGCUUAAGAACGGUGAAACCUACAACGGGCACUUGGUCAAUUGUGAUACUUGGAUGAACAUUCAUCUUCGUGAAGUUAUCUGUACAUCAAAGGAUGGAGACCGGUUUUGGAGGAUGCCGGAGUGUUACAUCCGUGGCAACACGAUUAAAUAUCUUCGAGUUCCAGAUGAGGUUAUUGAUAAAGUGCAAGAGGAGAAGAGCCGCACAGAUAGAAAACCGCCGGGAGUUGGACGUGGAAGAGGAGGACGGGGUGAAGGUCCUGGAAGGGUACUUGGGCGUGGCAUGGAUGAUGGAGCUGCCAGAGGCCGUGGCAGAGGAGGUCCUAUUGGCAACAAAGGAGGCGGCCGUGGACGUGGUUGAUACUUCUAUCUGUCAGAGACUGAAUCCCAAGCCUUUCUUUGUUUCUUUCUUUUCUUAAAAGGCUCGGGAUUUUUUUUACCUUACAAUUCUCCGAGUUUGUAAAAAUAAGCUUAUUAGCGCGUUUGAUGGAUUAUUGGUGAAAAUUUUCUAUUUGAAUCCGAACAUUUCUUACUUAA